AAAUGAUAUUUUAGGAAUGAUAAUGCUUUUGUAACAUUUGCAAAAUUUAUAAAUUUCAUACUCUGUUAGAAAUUUUAUCUAAAUUAAAUAAAAAACAAACGUGAAGGCAGGAAACACUCUUGUCCUGUCUGAUCUCUCUCUCUAUACACCACCAUGAUCUCUCUCACCGGAGGAUCUUAGCUUCUUUCUCUUUCAAAAGCUCUUUAAUUCCCAUUUCCUCUUACACUAAACUGAAGAAAACAUAAUGGGUUUGAAUCUCGAGGAGAUCAAGACAAAGAAGAAGUUGACUUUUAUUGGACUUGGGUUGGGACAGAUCCUCUCCCUUCUCUGUACUUGUAAUGUCUUCACAUCUUCUGAGCUCGCCAGAAAAGGAUAUAAUGUUCCAACAACACAAUCGUUCCUCACUUAUACGCUACUGGCAAUUGUCUAUGGAGGUAUCGUGCUAUAUAGAAGACCCACAAUUAAGGGCAAGUGGUAUCACUAUUUCUUCCUAGCUUUAGCUGAUGUGGAGGGGAACUUUCUUGUGGUGAAGGCGAAUCAGUACACAUCGAUAACGAGUGUGAUGCUACUAGACUGCUGGGCGAUCCCUUGCGUUUUGGUGCUGACUUGGGUUUUCCUGAAAACAAGAUACAGAUUGAUGAAGAUUAGUGGUGUGGUUAUAUGUAUCCUUGGUGUUAUCAUGGUUGUCUUCUCUGACGUUCACGCAGGGAGUCGAGCAGGAGGAAGUAAUCCUGUUAAAGGAGAUAUUCUUGUUGUAGCUGGAGCAACCUUAUAUGCUGUCAGUAAUACCACCGAGGAGUUCCUUGUGAAGAACGCAAACACAGUUGAGCUUAUGACCUUCAUGGGAUUUUUCGGCGCAAUCAUUAGUGCCAUUCAGAUAUGCAUAUUUGAACGCGGUGAGCUCAGAGCUAUUGAUUGGUCUGCUGAGGGUGCUAUUCUUUUUCUUAGAUUCGCAGUCUCGAUGUUUCUCUUCUACUCAUUACUCCCGGUUUUACUCAAGACCAGUGGUUCAGCAAUGUUCACCCUCUCGUUACUCACAUCAGACAUGUGGGCUGUUUUGAUCCGCAUUUUCGCUUACCAUGAGAAGGUUGAUUGGCUCUACUACUUGGCAUUUGCUACUACAGCUAUUGGACUGAUCAUAUACUCAGUGAAGGAGAAAGAUGAAGAGGACCAAAAAGAUGAGCAGAGAAAGCUGUUGGAUGAAGAAGGUCGAGUCAGUCUUAUAGCUACUUCCACCGGAGAACCCUAACCAGAGAAUUCCUUUUUCUGUAUGUCAUUGACUUGUAAAGUUUUUAAGAAACUUUUGUAAUUUAUAACAAUAAUUGGCAACUGUAAAGAGAGAAAAAAGCUUUAUUUGAUCUUCGUAUAAAGUACAAAAGCAUUUCACUUUGAUUACUUCUUUUUAAUCAUGCUAUUGCGCAUUUCGUUUAAAAAACCUUCGACAUGUGUUUGGCAAAGUAUAAGAAUAGAUUGGUUACUAUUGUAAUUAACCAUAGUAUAAAUUCUAUUCUACUAUGUACAUGUUUAUACAUAAUGAAUCACUCAGCAUCCACAAUAUGGUAUCAGAACCAUAAAGGAGAAGAAAACAGCUAAGAGAAUGUGUUAAAAGCAAAGAGAGAUAGAGAGAAAUGAUCAAUAAUAGACAUGUAGAGUCUAGUUGCUAAAAAAAAAAAGACAUGUAGAGUAUAUCUCUUUGUUUCUUGGCGAGAAUGAGUAUACUGAGGUUGGGUUUGUUGGUUAGCGAGAAGAAACAGAGAGAUACUAAUGGAGGAGACAGAAGCAAACGCUUUUAAAGGAAAAUCAAUCUUUGACAAAAUAUUUUUAACGGCUUUCACAAAAAAAGAAGUUUUAAAAAAUCUUAAAUGGUUUUGAUCGGUAACAUAUGUUAACUUAAACACUUUGUUUUAUGUUACACUAAGGCCAGUCCGCCUUAGGAGCGGGAUAUAAUUUACUUGUGAUCUAGGUUAUUACUUUUUGUAUGAUUUUGUGGUUUGUGUUUUAGGUUUGCAUUUGCAAAACAAUUGUAUGAUAAUAAUUUUUAUCUUUAAAAGGUUAGUUGCAAGCAUUUGUGUUGGCAUGGACCAUUUUGAGUUAGAUAUGGAUUUUUUUUGGCUUUGUUAGUAUGAUUGUGUGUGUUUAGUAUUUACUAUAAGUUCCUAAGGAAUAUGGUGUCUUUUCUUUCAAGUGUAUUGGCAGAUGUAUUUGGUGUUUACCUUUAUUUUCAGGAUUCCAAUUUCCAACGUGCAUAUAUCAUUAUGAUUUUGAUCAA